GUGUGUAAAUAAGACAACAUAAGUUUAAAGUUUUUUUGAAGAUUUCAGAAAUACCUUUGCAACUAGGGAAGAAAAGUGAUUAGUUAGACGGGGGUUACGUUAAAAUUAUAACAUUAAUAUUUAUCCGUAUGAUAAAUAAUGCAAAAUAAAUAUGACAUUUAAAAUUAAGUGAUUUACUCAUAAGUAUUCUACGUAAACUUAAUAUUUUUUUCUAUUUAUGCUAUGCCUUUAAAACUUGCAAAUAAAUUUCAAAUACCCCCUGAAAUAUUCUUGUAAUAGUGUGAACAUAGAGUCAAGAUAUUCCAAUAGAAUACAGCAACAACAAAAAGUAACUGCAAAAAAUAUGUGUGGAGGGAAUAUAUUUUCUAUUUUUUUGUAGUACACCUGUUGUAAGUUUUGUCAGGAUGAUCGCGUUGUUUCAAACUUCUAUCAUGCGACAUAAAGAUAUUCUGUUAGAGAGCCUAAACCAACCACGCGAAGAAAUAGCGAAGUCCAAAAAAGUCAGCUUUGCCCGCAAUCAUGAUGUGGCAUAUAUAUACCCAUGGUCACCCACAAAGUUUUUAUUAUUUGGCAAAUUAUCAGAAGAACAGUUAAGAAGGAAAAAAUCGGAAAACAAUGAAAAUAUUAUACCCAUAUUAAAAAAAUCGAACUACGUGGAACACGAUACCUUACAUGAGAUGCGUCAAACAUUGAACGAACUUAAAUCCAUCAAUGAGAAGCGAGUCAAGAGACCACGUGAUCAAACAAAUUCGAUAAGCGACUCGUUUAGCUUGUCGAAUAUCUUUACAGAAUAUGAUGCUCCAAAUCAUUUAGAAGAAAUAAAUGUAGACGAACUACACACUGUACCACCUACCCUACCAAGCAUGGCGAUUUUUUCACCAAAUGAAAAAAAAGAUUUUUUAACCAACGCACCGUGUGAGAGUUUAACUCCGCCAUCUUGUUUAGUUCCUAUAGCCCAAAACCACAAUUAUAAAAAACCGCUAAGCUCAAGCUUUUCAUUAUUAGGACAUGGGCUAGAUAGCAUAACAGAUGAGAAAAAUGCUUCCCUUCCGCAGUUAGCUACGACAAAACUUAGUGAAGCCUUGUUUGGUUGCAUUCGGCAAGGAGAAGAUGAGCAUGUAAUCUGUUAUAACGCUAGACCAAGAAAGUAUUUACGUAUGCCGUCCAUUGAAAGUAACGAUUCAUUUUCUGUCACAUCAAUUCACAAAUCUUCUCCGCAUCGUUCCCAAAUUUCACAACGAUAUGCCAUAACGGAAUCAGAUUUAGAAAACAUUCAACAUCUCAACGAAGAAGAGUUCAUAUGUCCGGAAAUAACUUCAAAACAACGACGGCCGUUGCCGUUGUUGAACGAUGCAAAAAAUAGAACAUCUAAAAAGAAAAAGAAAAACGGACAAAACCAAACAAAAAAGAAAGAAGAAAAAAUAGAUACAACGACAAAACCUAAAUCGAAACCCAAAGUAAACCAGCCAAAAGAACUAUCUCACGCUGAAAUUUUAACACUGGAACAAGUUGAAGAUUACAAAAAAGCCUUCGCUCUUUAUGACAAGAAUUCAAAUGGUACUAUUACCGCGAAACAGUUGUUGUCAGUUAUGAGAAGUUUAGGAGAAAAUCCAACUGAAGAAGAUAUGCACUCUAUUAUGAUUGAGAUGGACAAAGAUAAAAAUGGAAAAAUCGAUUUUCAUGAAUUUUUGGAGAAAAUGGUUGAACGAAAUGAAAAAAUUAACGAAAGUGAAGAACUGCGAAACGCUUUUCGUGUAUUCGAUAAAUAUGGAGACGGGAAAAUAAACAUCGAAGAAUUUCGUACCGUGAUGGUGAAUUUAGGAAAUAUACUGAGUGACGAAGAAGUCGAAGACUUAUUGAGUGCUGCUGAUCGAGACAGCCAUGGUUGUGUCAAAUAUGAAGAAUUCGUUAUCAUGUUGACCGAAGGCUACAAUUAACAACUUCUUCGAUACAUUUGGCGCCAAAGAAUCCAGCAUAUGUGUCGUAGAUUGGUCAGUAAAAAAGCGAAAUCACAAGAACGAACCAACAAGCACCAUAAUGAAAGUGAAAUCGGAACCUUAUUUUCCGAUAACGGGAGCGUAAAACCGAAAAUAACACAUAUCAACAAUCUCGUCGUCAGAGCUUCUUUUUUACUUUCUAAUAUUUGAGCUGGGGCGACUCUUUUGCGUUAGUCAGAUUUCAGAAAACCAAAAAAAAAACCUGGGAACAAGAUUGACAUAUCAUUUGUAUAUAGGAUUUUAGCAACAUUUAGUACCAUAAUAUGAUGAUAAUGUGGAUGGACAUUUAUGUAUUUAUUUUACUUUUUUCUCAAUUUGAAGUUAAAAAAUACUUUUAAAACGAAAGUGCCAUUGUACCUGUUUGUGGGAUCAAAUUUUACGCAAAUUUAAGUCCCUAUUAUGUUGAGGAUAUUCAUUUAUGAGGAUGUUUUUUAUUAAGUGCUUCAAAAGUAAAUUAAUCACAUCGCUUUUUUCAAAUUUUAACCUGAUCAAGAAUAAUUGGAUGAAAGUAUUUUUUU